UUCGCCCAGAAAGGGAGGGAGAACGAGCUAUACGUCAAACGUUAACAAAGUCCGUUGUUAAAAUAUAAAGCUUAAUUUUAUUAUUUCCUUGUUUUUUUUGGAAUAUCCUUUCAGUUUUACUCUCUGGAAUUAUUUGCCUAUUUUUAAGGUCAAUGAAGAUGCCUACUGUGAAGUAUCAGAGAGGGGACAUGGUGAUGGGCCGCUGGCCUGGCAGCAGCCUGUAUUAUCAAGUGAAGGUGCUGGGCUUUGAUGCCAAAAGUCAGCUUUACACUGUCAUCUACAAGGAUGGUACUGAGCUGGAGCUCAAGGAGCAGGACAUCAAGAGUGCUGCUGGUUUCCAGAGCCGUGCCCGCUCCCGCUCCCGUUCUCGAUCACCAGGCCGCCGUCGCAGCCGGUCACGCUCUCCAGCGAGGACCACACGGCGCUCGUCCUCCCGCACAGCGGCAGCAGUGGCAGCUGCAGCAAUAACAGAGAGCGCACCGUCUUCCCGCAGGGAUUCAGACUUGAAGGAUGCGGUAGAAGUCAGGCUCAGUCCCCUGCAACAGACAAAGGCAGCAGAGAACAAUAGCAACAAUAAGCCUGAAAAGAAAGAGGAGAAACAAAAAGAGGACAAUAACACUGCUAACAAAGUAAAUGAGUCCGAGGCUACGGUAGAGGCAGAACCUGAGAAGAACCAAGGCCGUUACAAUCUGCGCCGCAGAAAGGACGAUGGAGAUGCCAAAGCUGUUGAGGCCAAACCAGAGAAGCUGGAAGAGAAGAAUGCCAAGCUGGCAGCAGCUCCUGCUGUCUCCCUCUCCACCCCACUUGACUUUGGAGGGAAGAUGGGAGCAUACUUCUGGCUUCUCUUCCUGCCAGCCUGGGUUCUCUUCCUGGUACUCCAAGUCAAACUGGAGGACCCCAGCCUGGCCAACUUCCCUCCUCCUCUGCCCCCUCUUGAAGCCUUCUGGGAUUCCCAGGCUCUUGGCUUUGUCAUCCUGUGGAUCUUAUUCCAGGCCCUGCUGUACAUCCUGCCAGUUGGAAGGCUGAGCGAGGGCAUGCCACUGAGGUCUGGGGAGAAGCUGCAGUACAGAACAAAUGGUUUCUUUGCCAUUGUGGUGAGUUCUGUAGCUGUAGCGGCAGCGGUGCACCAGGGCAUUGACCUCACCUACAUCCACAGCCACUUCCUGCAGCUGGCUGUGGCCUCCUUCCUCAUCUCUGUCCUGCUCAGUGUCUACCUGUAUAUGCGCUCCCGCUACGCUGCCCCAGAGCAGCUGGCACUUGGGGGAAACUCUGGCAAUGUGGGUUAUGACUUUUUCAAAGGACGUGAGCUCAAUCCCCGCAUCAGAGACUUUGAUUUGAAAUUCUUCUGUGAGAUGCGCCCUGGUUUGAUUGGCUGGUGUUUUAUCAACUUUGCAAUGGCCCUGGCUGAGAUGAAGCGGCAGAGUCUGGAUGCUCCCUCUUACUCCAUGAUCCUUGUGAACCUCUUCCAGCUUCUCUACGUCAUGGACGGCCUCUGGAAUGAGGAGGCCAUUCUGACCACCAUGGACUUGAUGCACGAUGGUUUUGGCUUCAUGUUGGCUUUUGGGGAUCUGGUGUGGGUGCCCUUUACUUACACCCUGCAGGCCUAUUACCUGGUCAGCCACCCCAACCCCCUGAGUCUCCCUGCCCUCGCAGCCAUCAUCACACUCAAACUCGUUGGCUUCUACAUCUUCAGGAAAUCCAACUCUGAGAAGAACGCCUUCAGAAGAAACCCGUCAGACCCCAAACUGUGUCAUCUGAAGACUAUUCCCACAGCUACAGGGAAGAGUCUGCUGGUGUCCGGCUGGUGGGGUGUGGUCCGCCACCCUAACUACCUGGGAGACCUUAUCAUGGCUCUGGCCUGGUCCCUACCCUGCGGCUUCAGCCACCUCUUGCCGUGGUACUACAUGAUCUAUUUCAUCAUUCUGCUCGUGCACCGAGACUCUCGAGACAUGAGCGAGUGCAGGAGGAAGUACGGCUCGGCGUGGGACGAGUACUGCCGAACUGUUCGCUACCGGAUCAUCCCCCGUGUCUACUGAGGAACCAGUCGCUGGACACUGCCCAGCUGAGGCCGCUUUGACCCAAUAUUAUAGCUGUGACAGCUCACCAAAAAAAAAUCCACAUAUGAAUGGAUUGACUGACUGAUUAGAUUUUUUGCUUUGUUUUUUGUUGUUUUUAAACCAAGAACUUUUUAAAUCCUGAUUCUGGACUGAAGGCGCUAUAGUGCUUAGAAUUUUCUCAUUGGUAUUAUGGACUAUUUGAAGAAUUGCCUUUUUAAUAGAAAAUACUCAAAAAUAAAUACUUUUAAAAGUUUACAAAAUAGGGGGGAUGCCUCUGCUAGGAAUGUCUUGUUUGGAUGUAUAUUUUUGUAUAUACACAUUUGUUUUUAUACUUACAGAACAACUCGCCACUUGCAUAUUUUUUGGUAAGUUUUACUCUUUACUCCAUAUUCAAAAUGUUACAAUAUCAGCUUGGCUAUUAUGAAGAAUUUUGUAAGUAUACCUUCCUACUAUAAUUAAACUGCUUGUGUAUAUUGUGAAGGGUGGGAUUAAAAAUGCUACUUACUUUUUAAAUUAGCUGUACAGUGGAACUAGGACUCAUGUUCUUUCUCAGGACCCGGGAUAUUGUCAGAAAGUUGAAUUAGACAUGUUUUGUCUUAUUAAUUUUGUUGUGUAUAAUUUUAUAUCGAUAUCUAGUUUUGACUUGAGAGUGUAAAAUGACUUUGGAGGUUUCAAGAAAAAUGCACUAAUGCAUUAUGGCUUUAUUUUUUCCUUACAUUAUCAAUUCCAAAGUGUAUUUGAUUUGGCUUUGCUACCUCAGGUUUACCCACUAUCCAGUCCUUCCUCCUAAGUAAGGAAAAUGAGUUAGACUUGUUUUCAUUUCAACAAAAACAUAAGUAUCUGUUAUGAACGAGCCCAUCCACAUCACACAGGUCAAGCCUUUGAAUGGAAUUCCGGACUACUUUUAUUUCCUGCAUUUUGAUUGUACAGAUGAAACCAUCUGUAUGUGUCCUGCUAGUUUCUAAAGCAUAUUCUAUUUUAUGACCUGGUUAAUUUGAUAACACUGCCACAUGAAUUUGGUUUGAACCUCUUUGAACUUUAACAUGCUAGGCCAAAUGACUGGCAAUUUAUAUGAAGUUUAUACUGUGACAAUGUGCAGAGCUCUUGCCUGUGUUAGCAUUUAUCACUGGUGCAUUUGCAAACCCAAAAAAGUAUUUUUAUGCAUGUGCAGCUGUAGAGGACACACGUAGCAAUACAUUAACUAGACUAGGUAGCAUUUUCUAUGCUGUGCUGACUGAAUACCAUGUAAAUAUCAUUUUGUUGUUUUAUUUGUAUCAUGUAUUUUGAGCAAAAGAGGUGACUAGUGAUAAUAGGAAUGUUUCUCGAUAGAUAUUUAAUGUUGCUUUUUAUUUGUUUUUGUUUCUUAUAAGUUAACUACCUAAUUUUGACCACUGUAUGUUUCCACCUAGAUCUGCCAUGAUUCAGAAUAUGUUAAAACAAAUGGAAAAUGGUGUGCUACAUUCUUUACCUAUUGGGAGACAAAACAUGUUUGAAACCAGCCUGUAUGCCCCAAGACACCUUUUGGUGAUUAUGUUUAUUUUCCUUGCUUAAUAUUAUGUUCUUCUCUCCUUGGAUUGUUCUGAGUGGAUAUGACCACUAUGAAUGAGAAGUCCAGUGUCUGGAAAAAGCUAAUCUGUACAAAUGUAACGGCCUAAAAUAAAGAUUUACAGUAUUUCCUUUU